CCGAGGAAGAGUCUUGUUCCUGCUUGCUUGUAUGCAUGUACAUGUAUGAUUCAUGUCAUUAACGUCGGACCCUAGGCGAAAACAACGCAUACCACGAUAUUUAUUACAUCACCUGCUGCGCACCGCGCCGCCACGAGUCACCACGCGUAGAUCUUCAAGCACCCCUCUUCUCAUACCAAUUCGAUCUAGAACGAUGAACGCCCUAGCGUCUUCCUCACAAGUACAAGUGUCUACGAACAACAAACCUCAAUCACGUCAGCAGAGUCCUGCAGCUGGACUUGGUGGAACUGCUUCACGCUUCUUCGUCUCAAUGCGCAAGUCUAUCAGUCAUACCCUCUUGACUUCACCGAGAAAACGACAUGCAGACAACCUACGUGGUGGUGUUGGCAUGUAUUCUACCCCAGAAGAACGAAACUCUCAUGUCCAUCCACGAAUGCACGCGAGAUACAGAGACUCCGCAGCUUCCCGUCCUACCAUUGAACAAAUUGCAAUGGGUCUUCAUGUAUCUUGCACACCCCAUUUGCGAAAUCCGUGUCACCACCGGCAUUCUGCACCCCUCCCACCACCCCCUUCCCGUUCUUCCCUCAAGAAAACAAGCACUAGCACUACCUUAAAUUGUCCCCCUUUGAGCUCAACUGCAUUAAUCCGCCCAUCUCCCUCCACAUCUACAAUCAACUCGGCAGGUCCAGCAACACCUGAUGGCCCGCGUUCCGUGCGGUCCAUUAAACAGCGUAUGUCAAAACUAAUACUCGGAUACCGAUCUGCGUCCUUGCAGGACCGAGUUAUAUCAAUAGCGUCAUCAGGGAGUGGAAGCGAGGGAACCCGCCCGACAACCCCAAGAAAAUCAGUACGAUUCUCUACCAGCGUGCUUGCGUUGGACAAUGAAAAUUGAGUCAGGCACUCAUAAUUAUUGAUCCGUCUCGACACAAACACUACUUAGCUGCGCGAAAGUCUGGCCAGCUACCUAUUUCAUAUCAUUAACUCGCACUUUCUUUACCCAGCGCCACAUUAUUCCAAGGGAUGUUAUCAUUCAUUUUUUUUAUUCCACCCCAUUGUAGCACUGGAUUUUUAUUCGCUAUACAUCAUGUCCUAUCAUGUCUGUGCAAAUACGAGAUCGCAAUUUUACCCAGAACCAUUGAUUUUUCGGCCAAGUCCGCUUCUUCCAU